AUGAAUUUACUCCGCAAGCUCACCCGAGCCAUCAACGCGGCGACACAGCGGCGGAAUAACACUUCCCGCCGAUCUGACUCAACAAGAGAGCCGCUGGCUGAGUCUUCAGAGAACAAUCACGUGCCUGAAGGUCAUGUGCCAGUUUACGUGGGAGAGGAGAUGGUCCGGUUUGUUGUGCAUGCUGAGGUGCUGAACCAUCCGGUUUUGGUGAACCUGCUGAACAUGUCGGCUCAAGAAUAUGGUUAUCAAGGUGUGCUUCGAAUUCCUUGCCGUGUCGUUGUGUUUGAGCGAAUUCUUGAAGCGAUUCGACUCGGUCGUAAGUCGGGUGCAAUUCAUGAACUCCUCCUCUCUGAUGAGUGA